AUGGCUGAUCUCCAAGGACGCAAGGUCUUCAAGGUCUUCAACCAGGAUUUCGUCGUCGACGAACGAUACACCGUCACCAAGGAGCUCGGGCAGGGCGCCUACGGUAUCGUCUGCGCCGCCGUGAACAACCAGACCACUGAGGGUGUCGCCAUCAAAAAGGUGACCAAUGUCUUCAGCAAGAAGAUUCUCGCCAAGCGCGCCCUGCGCGAGAUUAAGCUGCUUCAGCACUUUCGCGGCCACCGCAACAUUACCUGCUUGUACGACAUGGACAUUCCGAGACCGCAGGACUUCAACGAGACGUACCUGUACGAAGGUCAGUCAUCGCUCACCCGGCUCCGAGGCCUGUUUUUCUCGACGGCCGGUGAUGCUACCCCGCUGCCACUUUGCGCUGACCGACCAGCAGAGCUGAUGGAGUGCGACUUGGCGGCCAUUAUCCGAUCCGGCCAACCCCUGACCGACGCCCACUUCCAGUCCUUCAUCUACCAGAUCCUCUGCGGUCUCAAAUACAUUCACUCGGCCAACGUGCUGCACCGCGACCUUAAACCCGGUAACUUGCUCGUCAACGCCGACUGCGAGCUCAAGAUCUGCGACUUCGGCUUGGCCCGUGGCUUCUCCGUCGAUCCCGAGGAGAAUGCGGGGUACAUGACCGAGUACGUGGCGACGAGGUGGUACCGCGCUCCCGAGAUCAUGCUGAGCUUUCAGAGCUACACCAAAGCCAUUGACGUCUGGUCCGUCGGCUGCAUUCUCGCCGAGCUCCUCGGCGGCAGGCCCUUCUUCAAGGGGCGCGACUAUGUCGACCAGCUGAACCAGAUUCUGCACAUACUCGGCACGCCCAACGAGGAGACACUCGCGCGCAUCGGCUCGCCCCGGGCGCAGGAGUACGUCCGCAACCUCCCCUUCAUGCCCAAGAAGGCCUUCCCGACCCUCUUUCCCGGCGCCAACCCCGAUGCGCUCGACCUCCUCGACAAGAUGCUCGCCUUUGACCCCUCCUCCCGCAUCAGCGUCGAGCAGGCGCUCGAGCACCAGUACCUUCACAUCUGGCACGACCCCUCGGACGAACCCGACUGCCCGACCACGUUCAACUUUGACUUUGAAGUCCUCGACGAAGUCGGCGAGAUGCGCAAGGUGAUCCUCGACGAGGUCCACAGCUUCCGCCAGCUCGUCCGCACCCUUCCCGGCGCUGGCGGAGGUCUCGCCGGCGGAGGUCAGCAGCCUGCCGCCGGCCAGGUGCCUCUCCCCCAGCAGGGGGGUCAGUGGACGGCCCAGGAUCCUCGGCCGCAGGAGUACAUAUCGCAAGGCCAAGGGCUUGAGCAGGAUCUCCAGGCUGGGCUGGACGCGUCGAGGAGGUAG